ACCCGGUUCCACGCGGUGCUUUAGUGGCUAAAAGUGAAAGAGCUGCCUUGGCAGAAUUCAGCUCUAUGAAUCACUUCGGAAAAUUGGUUCGACUGAAUGGCCUUAGGAGGAAAAACGUUUUAAUAGGAUCCAGGGGAGGUUCUGCUGUUUCAAUCUGCGCCUUAAACAGGUGGAGAUUGGACCUUCUCAAUUAUACAAACAGUAAGUACCCAUCAGCGGGGAGAGCUGCCCUCCGAAUUCUCCCCGCACACAGCCCUAAACCAGCAGCAGAGCCGGGCUGUGCCUCAGAAACCCGAUCACAAAUCAGCGAUUCUGAUCGAUUAGGGUCUCAAACAGCCCUCCAGCUCGCGGUGCAGUCUCCCGCAGCCGCAGGGGAGAGAGGGCGGGUAAGGAGGAGGCGCACCCGCCAGGCACGGAAGCCCUUGGGAUCUGGGCGCGCGGCCUUGCUCUUCCGGACGCUACCGGGUCGUGCUUAGGCGGUGGGAGCUCUCUCCCGACCUCCGACGCCAGCCAAGGCGGGCUCGUUGUUUUUGCAUAAAUUAAUAUUUCCCCAUUAACAAGUUCUCCCCUCCAAACGCGGCGCCCGCGUCCAUGCGCCACAUCCUAAUGAGGUAAUUAUCAUUUGCGCGUGUUCGGGGCUGGCGCCGGCUCCGUGGGUAAAUGGCAGUUUAUUAGCACGAUGCCCAGCUCGGCUGCAGAGGGCUAAGGGAUACUUCGGCAACUAGACGGACACCUUCGGAGCCCUUUAGGGCAGCGCAUCCAGAACACUCCUGCCCUCCCCGCAUCCCCCAAACCUGUAGGCCCCCAAAGUUGUGAAUCACGCACGGAACUCUGCCUGGGUUUGGGCUCCCCCCGCCUUUUUUUUUUUUCCACCGGCAAAACCAUCACGAUUCCUCCCCCUCCCCCUCCCGUCUCUUCCCUCCUUCCCGAUUCGCGAACCGAUCGCACUUUCCCGAGGGGAGCGCGGGCGCCAGUUGCCUCCUUUUAAAGUUUGAGGGGCGGUGGCGGCGGCGGCCGGCAGGCGCGGUGGAACACAGGGGCCGCUACAGGAGCCGCGCCGCCGCCCAUGUCAUUCCACUUCAAGUGACUUCAUGUGAUGUCAGCUGAAUGUAAAAGACAGUGAUCUCACGCGGAGGGGAAGAUGUUUGCCAUCAAAAUGUGACAGAGGAGACACGCUGCAUGGCUCGGAACGCAUCUCCUUGGCGGUGGGGGAAAGAGACUUAGAGGAGAGAGGCUGCCCCCUGGCCCAGUCCGGCACGGCUCGGCUACGCGCGCCAUGGCAAGCUCGGCUUCCCUGGAGACCAUGGUGCCCCCGGCCUGCCCACGCUCUGGAGCGUCGCCGGCCACUUCCAAGACGCUGGCCUUCUCUAUCGAGCGCAUCAUGGCUAAGACGUCGGAACCCCGUGCGCCCUUUGAGCCCCGGCCGGGGGCGCUGGAGGCAGACGGUGGCCAGGGCAAGAAAUUGCUCAACCUCUGCUCGCCGCUGCCCUGUAUGAUCCCCCUCCAGCCCCUAGGCUACGAGGUGCCGUCCAAGACGCUGCUCAGUUACUCCGAGCUCUGGAAAAGCAGCCUCCGGGCGGGCAGCGGCGGUGGCGGUGGUGGUGGAGGAGGAGGAGGAGGCGGUGGCGGCGGGGGGGCCCCAGUGUGCGGCGCCAGCGGCUUGUGCAAAACCAACUGUGGCGUGUGCUGCAAGGCCGAGCUGGGCCUGGCGCCGUCUGCGCUGCCCGCGGGCAGGGUCAUCAAGCCGCAGGUCAUCAACCAGGCAGUGGGGCUUCCGGCCAGUGGCUCGCUCUACUACUUCAACUACCUGGACUCUGCUGCGUACCAGCCAUCUGAGCUCCUCUUCCCGUCUGGCCUCCUCAAUGCACAGGCCCCCGCCGCCCUGGCUGCCCACCCCAAGCUCUUUUUGCUGGAGAACGCCAAGUUAGCUGGCCUGGCCGCGGACAAGUUCCCCCAUCCGGCCCCCUAUGCCCAUAAGGAGCGCUUGCCCGCGCCGCUAGAGCAGGUGCUGAAGGAGAACUCAGCCCUGACCGCUGAGCGCAGUGGCGUCAAGGGCCACAGCAAGCUGCCCGGGGGCUCUGCGGACGGCAAGCCCAAAAACUUCACCUGCGAGGUGUGCGGCAAGGUAUUUAACGCUCACUAUAACCUCACCCGCCACAUGCCGGUCCACACCGGAGCCAGACCGUUCGUGUGCAAAGUCUGCGGCAAAGGCUUCCGCCAGGCCAGCACGCUCUGCAGACACAAAAUUAUCCACACGCAGGAAAAGCCGCAUAAAUGCAACCAGUGCGGUAAAGCCUUCAACCGCAGCUCCACGCUCAACACGCACAUCCGCAUCCACGCGGGCUACAAGCCCUUCGUCUGCGAAUUUUGUGGCAAAGGCUUUCACCAAAAAGGGAACUACAAGAACCAUAAACUGACUCACAGCGGCGAGAAGCAGUACAAAUGCACCAUCUGCAACAAGGCCUUCCACCAGGUCUACAACCUGACCUUCCACAUGCACACCCACAACGACAAGAAGCCUUUCACGUGCGCCACUUGCGGCAAAGGGUUUUGCAGAAACUUUGACUUAAAGAAACACGUGCGCAAACUCCACGACAGCGUGGGCCCCGCUGCCCCCUCCACAAAGGACCUGACUCGGACAGUGCAGAGCUGAGAGCUACUGCCUCGCCCUCCCUUCCAGCCCCAUCCAACCCCCAAACAGAUCACACGUAUAAACUUAU